AUGCAGCUUGUCUGCAACUUUCUUAAUGCAAAAUUAGUGAGUAAUGCUUGCUUAGCGCCGUGGCUGUGUUUCUCUGACUUUGGCGUUUUUAUGAGGCUGAAGCAUGGUGAGGUUGAUUUUGGAAUGGCAGGUGAAGGUGGUGAGGAUCUGGACAAGACGUCUCACAUGAACGCCAAGGUCUCGGACGUUACAGGUACCGUGCCGCUUGAAUAUAAACCGGAGAGUUUACAUACUGCUCCUCAGGAGCGGGUUUUGUCUGAGCCGACUUCCUUCACUAUCGUUUGCUCUCGUCAUACAGAAACCAUUUCUUGUGAUAUACCUGAAGCCUACUGGUGGUCUCUAAUCAGUCAACAAAACGUAAUACAAUCCAACACCAUCAUACUCCCACCUCGAUACAACGAAAUCUCUCACUUAAGAUUUCCUACGCACCCACGCACACGAACACGAACACAUCUCGCUUUCUCCCUCUUUCUCCCUUGUAUCCAAAUCAAGGCUCAAACAUCCACCCUUCCAGUUCGACUUUCACCAAGCCUUCGCCUCCAGACGCAAUCCGCCAACAUGGGCAAGUCUCUCAAAGACGAAGAAACAAUCCUCCUCCUCUUCACUCUCUUCGGUAUCCUCGUAGUGCUCUUCCUUCUCCUGCUCGUUAUCGUAUUUCAAACCUGGGCGCUCUGGAAAAUGGCGCGCGUGGUUGUCGAACAGAAUACAGAAGCCGGUGGGGGAGAGAAGGAGAGUCGUCGAGGGAGUGCUGGGGGUUGGUUUGGUGGUGGUAGUAGUGGAGGGGGAUUGGGAUUUGGGGGAGGGACGUUGGUUGGCCGGGAGGAGGAUGAAGAGGCUGUGAUGAGGAAGAUGGACCUGAAAUCCGACAUAAUACCUGAGCAGCAAACGACUGGUUUGGUUCCAUUAUGUUGCGCAUGGCAAGCUAGCACCCCAGGUUGCGGUCUUCCGAGAACUCAGCGAACGGCUACCGCUCGCGCACAAUCUCAAUCAGCAAUUCCAGGUCCCGCUCGUCGAAGUCAAUGGAAAGAAGAGAUGGAUAUGGACGAAGACUUUUGCCGAAUGACUUGGAGACCUCCCUUUUGA